UAAAUCAGGGCUUGAAAUUUCCACUCGCCCGCUCGCCAAUGGCGAGUGGAAAUUAUGGUGGGGGCGAGUGUGUCCCCCAGGGCCGUCUUGCUGAGCAGGCUCGGAGCUCAGGCCGGAUCUGUGAUUGGCACUGGGAUCUGUCAGACUGCUCAAUAGCUGAGCGCAGUGAAAGCAAAGGAAGGAGUGUGUACUGUGCUCUCUGCCUCCCCCUAGAGUGCAGUACCCGGCUCUGUGAGUGAACAAAGUACUGCAACUUUUUAUAGGUGUGUGUGUGUACGUAUACAUGUGUGUGUGGUUGUGUGUGUCUGUGUAUGCAUGUACAUGUGUCUGUGUGUAUGUACAUGUGUCUGUGUGUGCACAUGUCUGUAUGUGUGUGCAUGUACAUGUGUGUUUGUGUGUAUGUACGUACAUGUGUCUAUGUGUCUGUGUAUGUAUGUAUGUGUGUCUGUAUGUAUGUACAUGUGUCUGUGCGUCUGUAUUUCUGUGUAUGUAC